AAUAACUGAGAGCGCACGGUCCAUCAUUACUUGCUCAGUCUAACCGCUGACACAACCGAGGCAACAUGAGGCCGUGGGCCAUCCUGCCGUUCGUUCUGUUGGCUGAGGCCUUCGCUGCAGAUGAGUCCUGUCUGGACCGCUGUGAAAAUGGAUUUGACUCUCAGAGGAAGUGCCAGUGUGACUCCAUGUGCAAGUAUUACAAAAGCUGCUGCUCUGACUUUGAGGCCAUCUGUGGUAUGACGACUCGUGGAGACACAUUUGUGUUUGCAGAGGAUGACGAUGACUUGUUUGAAGGCCCCACUCCAUCUCCUGGACGUUCAGCAGGCAAUCAAUCUCCUACAGUCGGCAGACGUCGGCUGAAGCCCACCCAGUCUGUAGUCCCAGACUUCCAUCAGAGAGUGAAUCAACAUGAGACCACUCUGCAGAUGACCAGACCUCCUCGACUGAUAAACCCAGUCACACCUGUUUUACGCACUGUAACUUCCAAACUUGAGGCUUCCAGUACGACUGAAGCGCCUCAAAAUGGUACAACCGCUGAGACCAGCACUGUUCCAGUCACAACAGCCACAACUGCAGCCACUACUGCAGCCCCAGACCCCGACGCUGAGGUCUGCAGUGGCAGGCCAUUUGAUUCCUUCAUGCAGCUAAAAAAUGGCUCCAUCUUUGCCUUCAGGGGUGAAUAUUUCUUUGAGCUGGACCAGAAGUCAGUGCUUCCCGGUUAUCCAAAACUCAUAAAAGAUGUGUGGGGCAUAAGUGGACCGAUUGAUGCUGCGUUCACGCGCAUGAACUGCCAGGGAAAAACUUACAUCUUUAAGGGAAACAAGUACUGGAGGUUUGAUGAUGGUGUGCUGGAUGACGAUUAUCCUCGAGACAUCAGUGUUGGCUUUGACAAGAUUCCUGAUCAUGUUGAUGCAGCGUUUGCCCUGCCCGCUCCUGGUCAUCACGCAAAAGAGAAGGUCUUCUUUUUUAAAGCGGAGCAGUAUUACGUGUAUGAGUUUUUGCACCAGCCAUCCCAUGAGGAGUGUGUGACCAUGUCUGAGAGGUCUCCAUCUACCCUGUUCAGGCACUACACUGAUUUAUACGACAGCAAUUAUGAACCUUUCUUCAGUGAACUAUUCUCUGACUUGCCCCAGCAUCAUGACAAACACCACUUUAUUAACAAAGACUGGAAAGGCCUGAAGUCUCCGGUGGAUGCUGCCAUGGCUGGUAGAAUCUACGUCACAUCUCAUCGCUACGACUACCAGCCUGACCAGCAGUGGGGUCAGCAGUACCAACAAAACAGAUGGCAGUGGAGUCGGAGGAGGCAGAACCGCUCGCCUUUCUGGGGGUCCAUGGCUCAGCAGGGGAUGAACAUGGGUCAGGAGUUUGCUGAGAGGGGGAUGGAGAUGGGUCUGAGACUGGCAGAGAGGAGAAUGGAAAUGGAGGAGAGGCUUGGACGAGACUGGGACAGACGGUGGGAUCAGGACUGGGACCAGGACAGACGAAGAGAUCGUUACAACCAGAACAACAGAGGCAACUACGACUCCAGAGGUGACAGGUUCUUCCAGAGGAAUAUGCCCAUCCAGAACGUCUACUUCUUUAAAGGAGAUAAAUACUACAGAGUGGACCUCAGAACCAAGAGAGUCGAUCCCGCCAUGCCACCGUACCCCAGAUCCAUUGCCAAGUAUUGGCUUGGCUGCUCAGACACCACUGGAGCUGAGAAAUAGUUCAGGAUAUUUUCCAGUGUUUUGUGUUCACUAUGGUGACAUCAAUGUGUACUGGAUGAGUCAUUUUCAGUAAGACAACUGAUAUAGGGUGUAAGAAGUGUAUUAAACUUGUUCAGUGUAACAUAAAUUAGCUGCUCAUCAACUCCAGUAAACAUCAGCGAACAGUCAAGUCCACAGGGCCAAAAUCAGUUAUCUCAUGUGUUCUCUAUAUCAUGUAUCCAUUUUUCUCAAACAGAGCUACAAUAAAAACAGGCUCAACUUAGAAAGCCAGAGAUUGCAAAGGACUUCAGCAGUUUGAAAGCAAAAGCUAAAUAUGUGGCUACGUUCUGAUUUGAAAAGUAUUUUUUAACGUGCAUCUUCAUGUUUUCUUUAGUGUCAUAAUGUUUUGAAACCAUGUAUCAACAAAAUGUAUUUUUUCUGUUUUUUUAAUCUUUAUCAUAACACAAUAUUUAGAUUUGAUAGAGGUUUCAUCCUUGACAGGCUGAAUAAACGACAGUAAUUUGUCAUUAGCGAACAGCAGCUUUGUUACAGGUAGAUCUAUGUGACUGAAGGAUGCAGAUGUAAAAACAUGCUAAGUCCAUUUUCUAACUGCUUGUGACUUAAACUGCACAAUUUUUCUACAUUACAGAGAUAGGACAAGCAUUUUCGUUUUAGUUACUUUUGAUAAAUGUUUGAAGGAGGUCCUGACUCAAAUGUGCCACAUUUGAAAACACAUUCACAGUCUGUCUCAGCCAACACUAACAUCAGUGCAUUUUCUGUUAUUCAGCUUCUGUUCGCCACAGUUAAAAGUACAUUUAAUUACACUCUGAUUGCAUUCCUUCUUCUAGAUAAUUAUUUAUACAUAGUUUUUCUGGAACAAUUCAUAACUCAUAUCUUCUCUAUAACCAGAACAACAGCCUUAACAUUUCUUUGUUCCAACUAAAGUGAGAAGCAUAAUAUGUUUACAUACAUACAGUACUUGUAUUGAUACAGUUUGUGGCAUGCAUCAAUGAAGUAAAUAAAAGAACACAACCAGUGCUGUUAUCCAUGUAGUAAA